AUGAACAAAAUAAUAUUUUAUUUAUUAAAUCGUAAGAAAUAUCUUUAUAAUAUUUCCAGAAAUAAUUUUUGUACAUAUGAAGGUAUUUACAAUAUUGGAAUUAAAAGAUUCUUUAAUAGCACAGGGAAAGAAUAUGUAUUAAAAAAUAAGGAUAUUCAUAGAACAAAGAAAAGAAAUGUGUGGUUGAAAAAACUUAAUUUAAGUGAAUUACCACAUAAGAAAUAUGGAAAUAAAUUAGGAUCAGUUGCUAAAAAAUUAUAUAUGGAUGGUUUGUAUCAAAAUGUUGAUAGAAAUAUGGAAAAAUAUAAUAAGGAUGAAUAUUAUAAUGAUGUAAAUAAAGUUUCUGUGGAGAGUAAUAUUUUUAUGUCAAGUAAAAAAAGCAAAAUAUCUUCAGUUAAUAAUAAUACAAGUAUAUGUAAUAAUAUAGAAUUAUUGGAGAAUAAGCAAAGUUGUUGGAAUAAUAUAUGUAAUGAAUUAAAAUGUCAUUUACCAUUUUUACAACCAUAUAGCAUAACAGUGACAUUAAAUUAUUUGUCAAAAAUAAAUUAUGAUGAAUAUGAUAUAUUCAAAUUUAUAGCAGAUAAUAUUGAUGAGAGAUGGUUAAAAAAUUUUAAUAUUAAGGAUUUAUCUUUAUUAUUAUUAUCUUAUUCAAGAUUACAUAUAAAAUAUGAUUCGUUCAUAAAUCGUAUAAGUAGAGAAUUGUUAUAUAAAAUAAGUUAUGCAUCAGUAGAUGAAUUAUCAAAAAUAGCUUAUUCAUAUACUAAAAUGAAAAUAUAUGAUUAUGAGGUUUUUCUACAUUUAUGUAAUGAAAUAAAAUAUAAAAUAAAAAAUGAAAAAGAUAAUAAGUUUGUUUGUGAGUCUGAUUUGGAUAGUGUAAAUGAAAAUAUUGAACAUAGUAAUAUUCCUAUUAUAAAUACAACAGAAAGUGAAAAAAAAUAUAAAAAUAUAAAUAAUAAGAAGAAACAAUAUAAUUUAAGUUGUGAAAAUAAUCCAUUGGAUUUAAAAAGUUAUGAAACUGUUCAUAUGGGAAUAGAACAAGAAGGAUAUAUUCAAAAAUUUAAUGAUAAUAAUAAAACGAAUAAAUAUAAAAAAAAAGAGUCUCAUCAUAUUGAUAAUAUAAAUAAAGAAAAUAAUGAGAUAUCUAUAGAUUAUAAGGGAGACCAUAUAAAUGUUAAAGAAAAUAAAAAAUAUUCUAGUUUGUGUCUUUUUUUAUAUUGUAUUGGUAAAAUGAAACAUCGUGAUUUUAAAUUACUAGAUAUAAUUGCUGGAUAUUUAAAUUUACAACAUCUUAAUAAUAUAGAUGUAAGUAACAUGUGUUAUACAUUUUCUUUAUAUAAUUAUUAUUAUACGAAUGAUUUUUAUAAAAGUUUUUGUUUAAAAAGUAUGGAAAUAAUAAAUGAUAUUGAACCAUUACAAAGGGUCAUUAUUUUAACGUAUAUGCUAAAAAAACCCACAUUAGAUAUGUUGCAUAUAUAUGUAAUGUAUCUUAAAAAUAUAAUAAAUGAAAUGAGUAAGAAUAAAAUAUACAAAGAGAACUUAUUUUUAAAUUUGUGUAUAAAUAGUAUAUCAUGUGAUACAUUUUUAAACUUCUUAUAUGGAUUGUUACAUUCAAAUGAAAAUUUAAUUUCUAAGGAAGAAGAACAAAGAUAUAUGACAUAUAUAUAUAUAAUAGAUAAUGUUUUCAUAAUAAUAAAUCAUAUAUUAACUUAUAUAGACUUUUUUAUAAAGAAUAAGAAUAAAAAUAUAUCUUCUAGAGAUAUUGCUAAAAUUUUUAAUAUUCUCAUAAAAAUAUAUAACAUCAAAAAUAAGAAUUUAAAUAUAUCUAAAUAUAAUAAUAUGAAAGCGUUCCAUGACAUUAUGAGUUGUCUAGAUGUUCAAAUAAAGAAUACAUUAAAUAUUAUAAUGAAUGAUAUAAAUAAAAUUCAUUUAUUUGAUUUAAUAAAUAUAAAAAAGAACUUGUUAGACUUUAAAAAUAAUAAUAACCCAUAUGAUGAAAAAGUUGAAACAAUAUUAAAUUCUUUAAGUUUAUUGAUAAAGUGA